AUGAAGUUCCUUGCUGCUGUCGUCGCUGGUGGUCUGUCUGGACUGGCCCUGGCUGCUCCUACCGCUACCAUCGACUCACUGGAGAAGCGUGCUAGCGCCAACGAUGCUGCGUUUGGUUAUGCCAGCUUGAACGGAGGCACCACCGGUGGUGCCGGCGGUACCACGACCACCGUCUCGUCAUACGCAGCCUUCACGGCUGCCGUCUCCAGCGACGCCAAGAAGGUGGUCUAUGUCAGCAGCCCCAUCACGCAGACGGCCGACCAGGUCAAGGUUGGCAGCAACACCAGCAUCAUCGGCAAGAAUUCCAACGCUGUUCUCACGGGAUUCGGCCUUCUGGUCAAAAAGAAGUCCAACGUGAUCAUCCGCAACCUGGGAGUCAAGAAGGUUCUGGCUGCCAAUGGAGAUGCCAUUGGCGUUCAAUACUCCAACAAUGUCUGGAUCGACCACGUCGAUGUCUCUUCUGACCGCGACCACGACAAAGACUACUACGACGGUCUGAUUGAUCUCACCCACGCCGCCGACUACGUGACCGUCUCCAACAGCUACAUCCACGACCACUGGAAGGCGUCCCUGGUCGGCCACUCCGACAGCAACGGCGCCGAGGAUAAGGGCCACCUGCGCGUCACCUACGCCAACAACUACUGGUACAACAUCAACUCGCGCGCCCCCUCCCUCCGCUUCGGCACCGGCCACGUCUACAACAGCUACUUCGAGAACGUCAGCGACGGCAUCAACACCCGCGACGGCGCCCAGGUCCUCGUCGAGUCCAACCAGUUCGUCGGCUCCAGCAAGCCCCUCUACUCGACUGACAGCGGCUACGCCGUCUCCAGGGACAACGACUUUGGAGGCGCCUCGAACGCCGCCCUGCAGGGUACCCUGACCAGCGUUCCGUACUCGUACUUUCUGGUUGGAUCCAGCAAGGUCAAGGCAGCCGUUGUCGGAACGGCCGGUCAGACUCUGACCUUUUAG